UGAUCUCACGAUAUAAAAUGAAUUCAGAAAUAAAACAAUGUAAAGCAAUGAAAGCCGAACUUCGUCUACAAGCUUGUAAUACCUUCUUUGAUGUCAAUGCUGAAAUUGAAUUAUCAAAUCUUGUUAUAUAA